AUGGAUAUACGCGUGACCAGCUGGCGGGUAAUCAAGCGUGCGGCGCCGUGGCGCGCCAUGUACUUUGCGGCAUCACACAAGACCUUCAACAUCACGAAGUUCGAUAUCGCGAUGGAUCACUCCCCGGCGGCGAUGCCUUCCAUCCGCCGCUAUCGUCAGAUAUACCCUACAGCGCUGGCCGCGAUUGCUGCCUCUGCCUUCGAGACCGAAUCUAAGGCCGAGGAAGUCAUUAAAGUCACCCCAGCCACCCAGAUCGGAGAAGAUAAGCUGGAUAAACUAGCCGGCCCAUGA